CGACCUUCUCGGCUUUCUCGUCUUCCGUCCACAGCUUCUCACCUCGGUCCUAUCCAGUAGCUACAAUGCCUCGACCAGCUGCCCCGCCCGCCGCUGUCGAUCCACGGAAAGCUGCUCAAGCCCAGCAAGACCUAGCCAUGGCCGGGUUGGGCGAUUUCGACCUCCCGCGGACGACGGUGACGAGGUUGGCGAGAUCGCAGGUCGGAGAUUCGGCAAAGUUGUCACAGGAUGUCAUCUCGGCACUCAUUAAAUCGUCGACCGUGUUCAUCAAUUAUCUCGCUGCUGCCGCUCACGACCACGCAGACUCGUCCGGCCGAAAGACAGUAGCCUAUCAGGACGUCUUCCAGGCCCUCUCUAUGAUCCAGUAUGGCGGGAGCGAGGAAGGGGUGGCUUUGAUGGAGGAAGUGUUGACUGAUGAGAUCAACGCCUGGGAUGCGAUCCAGAAACAAGCCAAGAACAAACCGCCCGGAGAGAGCAGCCGAGGUAGGAACAACUUCAAAUCAAAGUCCGCUUCAGGUUCAGGUCUAGGGGACGCAAGCAACGGGAAUGGGAAUGGGGAUGGCGAUGAGAACGGCGAUGGAGAUCAAGACGAGGAGGAAGAGGAGGAGGAGGAACAACAGGAGGAGCAGGAAGAGGAAGAGGGGAUGGAUCUUGACAAGGAGAGGGACGGUGCUGCCAGAUCAAGACCGGUAGAAGCCGAUCAAGGGAAUGCCGAUGCAGGAAUCGAUCACGCAGAGGCGGCAGAAGCGGUGAAUGUGGCAUCGAGUAGAGGGGCGACGGAAGAGGGUGAUGAUGUGACCAUGGCCUCGGAGCCGGAGGACUGAGCAACCCGUGUGGGACGCUGCGACGAACUUGUAGCUAUAUAACGAUGGUCAUGACGACGUUACGUUUCGAAUCAGUGUCAAACCGGAACGCCGA